GCCGGGACUGCGCGCCGCCGGGGGCGAAGCGCCUUCCCUCGGGUCUUCGCGUCUGGUCCUCACGCGGCCCCCGCGGAGACCAGCCUCUUUCUGUACCAUCCAAGUCAGAGCUGACGAAGAAGUAUUCAGACGCUAAGAGCUGACGAAGAGCCAUGGAUACACCUGCACGUAAAGAAAAAUCCAAAGUUAAAGAACCUGUCAGCAGAGUUGAGAAGGCCAAGCAGAAAUCAGCCCAGCAGGAGCUGAAGCAAAGACAAAGAGCAGAGAUCUACGCCCUCAACAGAGUGAUGACAGAGCUGGAGCAACAGCAGUUUGAUGAGUUCUGCAAACAAAUGCAGCCUCCUGGAGAGUGAGCCACCUACGUUCAAAGGACACGGGACCCUGGAGGCUUUGUUUGUGAGCUUGUACCCAGUUUUAAACUGAGGUGGCCCAUUUGGAGCCUUACAGAACUAGACGAGAAGACACUUGUGUUGUUCCUAAAUCUGGAUGAAUCUGAACUUCCUAUAUGUAACUUCUGCGUCACUGGUUCCUCCAAUAUGAAUUGGCCCAGCACUUGCUGAAGAGACUUAUUUUAUUCUUCUAAGGCAAUAGAUUCUUUUAAAAAAAAAAAAACUUUUUUCUAUUAUUUGAGAAAAAUCAGUGUUUCUUAUGAAACUGUAAAUCUCCAAAAAUACAAAUAAAAUACUAAUGAAAUGUUCCCUUCCUCACUUUAGUUUGGGUAUGCCUACCUGUAAAAAGUAGUCAAAGGACUGCAGCAGGUAAGAAGGGAGGUGAGGACAAGGGAAUGUAGAGGAUAGGAGAGAAGAUAAAGAACUUAACUGUUACCAUUCUUCAUUCUUCCUGGAGCUAAAGCUCUGCAGACCAUAGAGAACCUAAAUUUUUGCCACACACAUAUAAAUAUGUGAUUCAGAUCGGUUCCUCGAGAACCCAUCCGUCCACCCACCAUCUCCAAGUGCAGAAAUGUCAGGUUACUUAUGCUGCAAACAUUUCUAUCAGGAGUGGUGGUGGUUCAUACCUCAGUGUUAGCAGCAGAAUGAAUUUAAUGCUGAGCAAUAAGAGAGAUUAUUCAUUCAGGAUAUUUCAUUUCCAUAUAUUCCUCAGGAGUAGGGAGAAUGAUGUCAGAAAGUGGACUAUGUAGGGGGAUGAGGCAGAUUACUUAGGGCAAAAGAGUCAAACACCGCCAUCCCUUUACUCUCCACACUGACAAUAUUUUCCCUACUGUGGCUGGGAACAUCCCCAAUCCAUUCCUCUGACCCCUGCUGCCUCUGAAAUCACUGUGAAUAAUGUUCUCAUUGCUGGACUUGUUUUAGGUCUUCUCUGAAUUUGGUCAGUUCAAAAUUUAGUAUUUUUGGAGCACCUACUAUGUCCAGGCGCUGACAGUGUGCUGGCUUUAAGACUGUAUGUGGAGACGUUCUCAAAGUGGAGUUCCUAAAAUAUUUUGAUAAAGGGUAGCAUCACUGAAAAUAGAGUACAGCAUUGAGGACCCCAGGUAUAUUUAUAAAAUUCUCAUCACAUCAUAGUCAGCUUGUCUGUAACUCACUAGAGGACAUGGUGAAAUCACUUCAUCUACAAAGUAUUUUGAAGGGUAGCUCUGUGGGAGGCAGCAGAAAGUAAACUACAGGAGUUUAAGAUCUAGUGGGGCACAGACAUACUCAUCUAAGCAUGAAAACAUAAAUGAUAUAUUACAUGAAUACAGAGUAAGGGGGUCAAGGAGCUAUCUGUUCCUUUAUAGUCAAAUCACAGUAAUGAGGACUUCUUUGGAUUUUUAUUUUUAAAACCUAAAUUUAAAUUUAAUGCAUAUUUGCCACAUACUUUGAACUGCAGACCUCAAGAAGUUAGAGAAAAGGUAAUCUGGUGACCUAGUUAGGGAAGGGGCAGACUAACCAAAAAUCUUUUUUAGUAUAACAUCUGGAGCAGAAAGUCCAGAGGCAGUGCUAGGAGUCAUCAUUUCCAGUGAACUCAAGGUCUUCGUCAAGUGCAACUUUAGGGUACUGUACAAACUAUUCUUUUUUGAUUUGUAUUUUAGCAUAUGAAGUAACAUUUGAAUGUCUGGCAUUUUUGAGAUUAGGGACAAAAACACAUAAUGAGAUCCUGAAAACCAAACCAUGUCCUCGAGCUGCCAGUGUGUCUACUCUAAAAAAAGCAAAAGGCAUGAAUUUUGACUGCUGAACUACAGAAUUGUAAGUUUCAAGUCUCUGCACAUUCAAACAGCAAUGAACAGGGUGAUGUGAUGGUCCUUUGAUUAGUUUUGCUGUGGAGAGUCACAGUCUGCAAGUUAAGAAGUGUUUCAGUAAGCACCUCCCUCCAGAUUAAUCGCCAUCAGGCAGGCCCAAGAUGGAGGCAAUGCCAGUGUUGAGAGGUUUCACUCCUUUCCAAGGAGUUAACAAGCUGGGGACAGCUGGAACUCAAACUUGGCCCAAAUGUAACUUGGAAAAAUUCUGUUCUCUGUGAUAUAAACAAUUAUUUUCCCUUAGCAGUUCAGAACCCUGAAUAAAGGGGAGGGAGUGAAGGCCAAUGGUCUGCUGCAAGUUGCUCUGGUUCAGGGUAAGAGACUGAUGACGUACAUAACACGUGCAUAACACAGUGAAAAAGGGAGCUUUAGUGAAGAUAAAGCAAGGUGUGGCCCAACAUGCUGGCAUAAACCCCACGGAGGCAAGUGGGUACUGAUAGAACUAUUCAGUUUCCUCCCUGCUGUAGCUUAAGACACAUUGCCUUGCCCCAUAGAGCAUCUGGAAAGAAGAUGUAGGAGAGCGACCACAUCAGGCAGUAAAAAGCAGUUAUGGAGAAUGGAAACAAAAACAGCAUGAUGACACCUGGAAGAAGAAAACAGGCAAACAUGCCAUGGUCAUGAAGUUAUCUUGUAAGUAGCGCCCACCCUCUGCUUGCCUAUCCCCUCCUUAGUUCUCAUUCAUAGUGCCUAAGAAACAAAAACAAAUGAGACAUGAGUCCUGCCUUUAGGAAGUUUUGUCUGUAUGUAGCUGGACUUGUAAUCUAAUGCAAUGUCAGGUUUCAUUUAGAUCAGAAACCAGUCCUAGCCAAGAAUAAAUAUGAGUUGACCAGAUUUCUUUUAGGGAAAAAUAUACGUAUAAAUACACAAUAUAUACAUAU